GCAACCCAGAAGAAGAUGUUCCAACACAAAUCCAUAAACAUUUCACCUCCACAAGGUUUGAUAAAAUUAUAGCUUGAGUGUGUUUUUUCUUCUUUCCACAAGUCAUCAAUGGGGAAGAACUUGCGUCACAAAGUUACUUGCUCCCCAAUCCAAAACCACCCUGGAUUCAUGUGGGGACUGUUUGACAUUCUUAAACACAACCAUUGGCGUUACAUCAAGAAACGACUUCCUCAUAAAAGACCCGUUAUUUGUAGAAGAAAUGCUCCUGGAACAAAAAACGAAGCAAACAACACAAUCCCAGAUGGUAUUCCCGUACCGAAGACCAAGCUGGAAGAUAAAACAGAUGUAGACUCUGGGCAAAGGCCAAAGAAGCCUAGUUCUGCAGUUAAGUCCAAAGAGUCUUCUAACUCAGGGGAGAAACCAAAAAAGAAGCAUAAUUCAGAGGAGAAGUCCAAGAAACUUAAUUCAGAAGAGAGGUCAAGAAAAACACAUUCUGAAAUCAAAAGAUCUGUCAAAGCUUUGAUCAAGGCACUUGUAAUAGAGGACAAGUCUAAGAAGAAAGGUCGUCAUCACCGAAGCUGUACUUAUCCAGUCCAGUCAAAUCCAAAAGAGAAGGAGUCAUUGAGUGAGGUUGAAUCUUCAGAUAAGAAUUCCUCAAAUGGUGAUGAUCGUAACCGAGUCUUUAACAAGACGGUUGGCAUUUCACCCGCGAUUGGUUCUUUGAACCCGCUUUAUCUCAUGUCUGAGGAAUCAAGCAACAGUGACAGUGAAGAUUUUAGAAUCGAGAACAACAUUCAAGUUGAUGAUACUGAUGGAAGUAAAUCAGAUUUUGAUGAAAAAGAGUUCAAGAAAAAGGACAAGAGCGACGAUGAUGAAGCUUGGUUUGACCCAAAGAUGAGACACACCAAGGACUUCUCAGAGAAUGAGGAUGAUACAUCACCUAGACGGUCAAAAGCAUGUCUUGAUGCUCUUAAUUUGAUACACAUGAAUAGAAACUUCUUGUUGAAGGUAUUGCAGGAUCCGGGUUCUCCUCUAGCCCGGCAUUUCCAGAGCCAACAAUCUUUUAGCUCCAAAACAAUGACUAAAGCUGGAUCUUUUCCUACUCAUGGUACCAACAGAGAGGAUCAUAAUAAUGGGUUUGACUCAGUGGGAGAUAACGAUAAGAAACCAACAUCUCCUUCCAUAGCUGCAGAACACAGAGCUGAUGGGAUUCAGAAGAUGAAUGAAACAAUGCUGAAAUUGGCUGAUGAAGAUUCAUCUGGUUCUGGUUAUGCAAGGAAACGAGGAAAGAACCAAGUUGUGAUCAAACGUUUUAAGGAUCUAAGGCAGAAGAUAAAGCAUGUGAUCAACGAGAACAAGAACGAGAAACACCGUAUCACUAUGGAUGCUGUUUUGGACAAAGUACCUCGAAAGUACGGUUUUUCGAAAGAUUUGAGAGAAGACAUUUUUGCACACUUGAAAGGAAACUCUGCAGCUAAGAACAACAUCAAAGCAGAUGGCGUGAAGCUGAAGCAAAUAACAAGAGCUUCUUCACUGUGUGGAUCGCUAGACCGAUAUCUUCAGCUAUAUGAAUGUAGCUUCCAAAGAGAAGCGAAGAACAAUAGUAAUUCACAGAAAUCAAAGGUGGAGUUAGAGGAAUCAGCUUUGCCUUCUAAGAGAGUUCCUAAAUUCUUGGGAAGGAUUCUUUCGUUACCUGAAAUGAAAUUUAAUGCUUUGAAGAUUGAUGACCUUCCUGUCCAAUCAAUCGAGGAAGAACAAGAUUGUUUGGAUAACAUUUCAGAGAUCUCAGAAGAUCACUCUCAGUCUUCAGAACAUGAAUCAGUACUUGAUCAAACAAUGAAUGCUUCUGAAGAUUCACCGGUUGACGCAGAAACAGAACAAGACAGAGACAUCUCUACGCUUGUCGAUGCUGAAACUGAAACAAGAUCUUUAAAAGAAUCAUCAGAAGAAAGUCCUAAUAACGUUUCUACAGUUGGUUUUGAUGAAAUUCCUUCUGUAUUUGACAUCUCUCGAGAUCUAGAUACAGAGAUUGUCUCAACAAGCAAACAAUUAGACGAAGUCCUCAACAUAGAUGCACAAGAUAAAGUGAAAUUUAACUAUGUAAGAGACAUUCUCGAGAUCUCCGGUUUCAAUGCACCAGAAUCUCUCUCAAUGUGGCAAUUAGAUUACCAGCCGCUAGAUCCAUUAGUCUACGAAGAAGUGACAACAACAACAGGAUGUAUGUUUCAAGAUCCAGAAUGUUCAAGAAACGAAGAAGAAGGCGGUAACUGCAACCAUUUGCUUCUCUUCGAUCUAAUCAACGAGGUACUAAUCGAAAUCUACGAAAGGUCUUACCAUUAUUGUCCCAAACCAUUAUCAUCCCUAUGUAAGAUCCAUCCAAUGCCAGUGGGGUAUAGUGUUUUGAAAGAGGUUUGGGUUAGAAUAAGCUGUUACUUGCGGUACAAGCCAUACGACGAACAACAAUCGUUUGAUAAAAUUAUGAGUAGGGAUUUGUCGAAAGAGGAUGGAUGGAUGGAUUUGCAGUUCGAGAGUGAAUGCGUUGGGAUUGAAGUUGAAGAUUUGAUCUUCGAGGAGCUUCUAGAAGAAUUGCUUGUAUCCGGUUAAUAGGGCAUUCAAGAACUCAUUUCUUCAUAUACCUCUCCCUUUUUGGAUUUUCUGUUUUUUUUUUUUCUUGGAGUUUAAGGUACAUAAAAGAGAAAGGAUGGUGUUUGUACGAGUUUUUGUUGUUGUUAAUUUGUGAUAAAAUUGUGUGUAAAAG